UGCUCCACAGACAACGAGCCGAGAUGACAGCUAUACUACCUCAACAGUUUACUAUUAUACAAUACUACAACUAGCUAUCGUGUUACAUUAGAUUAAAUGCUGUAGAGCUAUUGCGCGUUUUGGAUUGGAUGGAAAAAAGGCAGUAAAACACACAGCGGAGUGAAGAAGCUGUUGUUAGUCGCUGAAAUCAAAAGUGAAAGUAUGCUCGUGCGCCUCUGUUUUUAGCAGUUGUUUCACCUUAUGUCGUCUUAAAUGUUAGUUUAGCCAUUUUUUUACUUAUAAAAACACGAGACUCCAUGAUGAUUCUUAAAAUAAUUUGGUUUGGAUACUUUCUGACGUGCGUUUACGGUGAUGGGGUCGCAGAUGUGGUACUCUCGUGCGCCCUGGUGGAGGAGGGAGUCGGACUGGGUGGAAUGGGCGGUGGAUCUCUUUUCAAACGGACUCCAGCCACUCUUGUCUUAAGAGAUGUCGCAGUGGCUCCUGACGAAUCACCCGAAACACUCACUCCGUUUGUCCCGCCUUCAAUCCCUGACCCAGAUGCCAUCCUGUUAGAAACCAAAGUGUCAUCACCUGAGAUCCCCAAUGCACACGUGUUGCUCCAUGCGGACUGCAAUGAUCAGGAGGUGAUGUGUGAAAUAAGCCGUUACUCCCCGCAUGGAUCUCAGGAAGGUUCAGAUCCAGCUUAUUUCAUGGUGUCUCUUAAUGUGGAAGGAGUCGAUUUCAGCACUUCGUUGAUUCUGCAAACAUUGAAGGUAGAGAAGGACCAGUCGACCCUCAUACAAAGCAAACUGGGCCUGCCUCUUAGCCAGUCGGGAACUCUUCUGACUGAAGUGAUAUUGCUGGUGUUUUCCCACAUAAAGUCAGUAUCUGCCGCCCUGAGAGGUGACGCUCUCCUCAGCUGCGGCUUUAAGCAGCAGGAAGUACCCUUAGCGCAGGAAGUGGGCAUUGAAUGGCGACUGCAGCACAGGGGCAAAGGGUGGAAAGUGCUUGAAAUGAAGACAAGGCUGGAUGAUGCAGAAGGUAGCACAGUGGUGCAAGAAGAAAGGAAGGGCUCAAGCAUGGAUGCAGCCCAAGUUGUCGGUGAAGGUAACGCAUCCAUGAGUCUGACCAAGCUGAGGGUUGUGGAUGAGGGGACGUACAUCUGUACUGUCAGUAUUGGCCUUUUCCAUGCCCAGCAGGUCAUUCAACUCCAUAUUAAUCAGCCACCUCAGGUUUCACUCUCAAAGGAGAAGUUGGUUUUGGAGACGUCGCCCCAGACUCUGAGCUGCCACUGCACUAAAUACUAUCCACUGGACGCUCAGAUGGAGUGGUUGUCCCUCUCUCCUGCAGAUACAGAGCCCACAGUGCUUCCAGAUCAGGGCUCUCUCUCCAGCCACCGGCAGCAUGGUGACGGGACUUUUUCUCUGUCGUCUCACCUUACUGUACCCGCCAGUGUCUCCCCUGGAACUAAAAUCACCUGCAGGGUGUCCCACCCAGCUUUGGACACUCCUCUCUCUGUCAGUCUGGUUGUAGAAAGUCCAAAACCAGGUUCCUAUUGGUGGGUUUUGGGUUUCCUGAUCGUCACUGUGCUCUUCUUCUUCCAGGUUAUGAGAUAAGUUGGUAGAUAGAUAUUCUAAAAGAUACUCCUGACUUGAAAACUGAGCUGAGAGAAAAUUGCUGUGUGUCAUUAGUGAGUCUUUAAUUUAUUCCUGAUUUCAUUAGAAACCAUGACUUAAACUCUUGUAGGCUUCUGCUAAAAAAAAGAAUGAAAAGUGAAAAAUGCAUUUUUUUACGGGAAAAAAACUGGCUUACAAGCUGUAUAAUUAAUUUGCUUUAUAUAUUUGCUGUGUUUGAGUUUUAUUUGUGAUAGAUUACUGCUUUUCUGUCACACAAAGUAAAUUUACCACUGUUUUUUUCACUGUGACUCAUUAGUCUGUGUUUUGCCUGUCUAGUGCUGUAGAAAAAAAUAACUUACACAGUAUUCAGUGUUUAGUGUCACCUUAUCAGAGGACCUAAGAUUGUUUUUAUGCCCCCAUGCUGUCGAUAGCUGUGGCCAGAGGGAUUCUGUUUUUUGGGUCGUCUGUCCAUCAGUCAGUCUGUCCCAUUCUCAUGAGCACAAUAUCUCAAGACACCUUGAGAGCACAAAUGUCCACUUGGACUCAAG